ACGUACACAAUAGGUUAGUUUUUUUUUGUAUCGUUUCAGACGUCAACAUGGCGGGAUUAUGUACAGGGAAGAUUUUAAGAAGCUAUCCUCCCUCAAGUUCCAGAAUAUUCGGAUCCUGCAGACACUAUCUAUCUACCUCUCCUGUCAGUCCGGAUGGACAACUGACACCUAUCAAGAAGGUGAUGGUGGCGAAUAGAGGAGAAAUUGCUAUCCGAGUAUUCAGAGCUUGUACUGAGAUGGGAAUAAGAUCGGUUGCCAUUUACAGUGAGCAGGAUAGGAGGCAUAUUCACAGGGUGAAAGCUGAUGAAGCUUACCUAGUUGGAAAAGGACUAUCCCCAGUAGGAGCUUAUCUUGAUGUCCCGGGGAUUAUUAGAAUUGCUCAGGAGCACGAUGUUGAAGCAAUCCAUCCUGGAUACGGAUUCCUCUCUGAAAGAUCUGACUUCGCUGAUGCCUGUGUUAAGGCAGGAAUCAGGUUUAUUGGUCCUCCAGCUGCUGUUAUGGCAAGGAUGGGAGAUAAGGUUGCUGCGAGACAAUCUGCUAUUGCUGCUGGACUACCUAUUAUCCCAGGAACAGAUCAUGCCAUUAAUACUGCAGAGGAAGCUUUAGAGUUUGUUGAAUCUCAUGGAGUACCUGUCAUCUUUAAGGCUGCCUUCGGUGGUGGAGGUCGAGGAAUGAGGGUUGUAACUAGGUUAGAGGACGUGAAAGAACAGUUUGAACGAGCACAUUCGGAGGCUGUUAAGUCCUUUGGUAAUGGAUCCAUCUUUAUUGAACGGUUUAUUGACCGGCCUCGACAUAUUGAGGUUCAGAUCAUGGGAGACAAGCAUGGAAACAUUGUUCAUCUCUUCGACAGGGAUUGCUCUGUGCAGAGAAGACAUCAAAAGGUUGUUGAAAUAGCUCCGGCCUUCAAUCUGGACCCUGUGGUACGUCAAAACAUACUUGAUGAUGCUGUCAAGCUUUGUGACUCGGUUGGAUACAGUAAUGCUGGAACAGUAGAGUUCCUUGUGGAACCUUCCACUGGUCGCCAUUAUUUUAUGGAGGUUAAUGCAAGACUUCAAGUAGAGCAUACUGUUACUGAAGAAGUAACAGGUAUUGAUCUGGUACAGACCCAGAUCCGUGUAUGUGAAGGACAUUCUCUACCUAGCCUAGGCCUCACCCAGGAGACCAUCCAGACCCAUGGAGCAGCUAUUCAGAGCAGGGUUACUACUGAAGACCCUGCAAAGGGAUUCCAGCCAGAUACAGGACGGAUUGAGGUGUACAGAUCAGGGCAGGGUAUGGGGAUCAGGUUGGACGGGAUUGCGUUCACUGGAGCUGAGAUUACUCCAGACUAUGAUUCUCUCCUAGUUAAGAUUAUCAGUCGUGGAAUGACGUUCCAAGAUGCUGCGUCUAAAAUGAGACGAGCACUCACUGAGUUUAGAAUUCGUGGAGUUAAAACCAACAUUCCUUUCAUCCGAAAUGUUCUCAGUCAUCCUCAGUUCUUGAACGAGACUAUCUCAACUCGGUUCAUUGAUGAAAAUCCGCAACUCUUUGAUUUCAAGCCAAGCAUGAACAGGGCUAGCAAGUUGCUUAACUACCUGGGAACAGUAAUUGUCAACGGACCAACCACCCCAUUGGUCACUAAUAUUCUUCCUGCCAAGAUUAAGGUUGAGGCUCCACAAACUCCUCUGACUCGACCUCCCUUUGGUCUCAAGGAUGUUCUCCGGGUCGAGGGACCUGAAGGUUUUGCUAAGGCUGUCAGGAAGCAUCAAGGAGCUCUUAUUACAGAUACUACUUUCAGAGAUGCUCAUCAGUCCCUGCUAGCUACUAGGGUUCGAACCCAUGAUCUUCUCAAGAUAUCUCCCUUUGUUGCUCAUAACUUCUCGAGCUUGUACUCAGUGGAGAACUGGGGAGGAGCUACCUUUGAUGUAUCAAUGAGGUUCCUGCAUGAGUGCCCCUGGGAGAGGUUGGAGCAAAUGAGGAAAGAGAUCCCUAAUGUUCCAUUUCAGAUGUUGUUGCGUGGAGCUAAUGCUGUUGGAUAUACUUCUUAUCCUGAUAAUGUCAUCUACAAGUUCUGUGAGCUAGCCGUGCAGACUGGAAUGGAUGUAUUCCGUGUAUUUGACAGCUUGAACUAUAUCCCCAACCUCGUGGUUGGAAUGGACGCUGUCGGCAAAGCUGGAGGUGUUGUCGAGGCUGCGAUAUCCUACACAGGAGACAUCAGUGACCCCACUAAGACUAAGUACAACCUAAAGUACUAUCUUCACUUAGCUGAUGAACUUAUUCUUAAUGGGGCGCAUGUACUCUGUAUUAAGGAUAUGGCUGGCUUACUUAAACCAAGAGCUGCAACUAUCCUUGUUGAUGCUAUUCGUCAGAAGCAUCCCCAUAUUCCAAUCCAUAUCCAUACUCACGAUACUAGUGGAGCAGGUAUUGCUGCAAUGUUGAACUGUGUAUAUGCUGGAGCCGAUGUUGUUGAUGUAGCUGUUGACAGCAUGAGUGGUAUGACGUCACAGCCUAGCAUGGGAGCGUUCGUUGCUAGUCUUCAGGGUAGUGAACAUGAGAGUAAGCUAGAUAUGGACGCUAUUAGUAAAUACUCAGCUUUCUGGGAGCAGACAAGGAACUAUUAUGGACCUUUUGAAUCCACAACAACCAUGAGAUCUGGAAACGCUGAUGUUUACAAACACGAGAUCCCAGGUGGACAGUACACUAAUCUUCAGUUCCAGGCAUACUCGCUGGGCUUGGGCGAUCAAUUUGAGGCGAUCAAAGUUAAAUAUGCCGAAGCUAAUCAAUUGCUUGGUGAUCUAGUCAAGGUGACCCCAAGCUCUAAGAUAGUUGGAGACCUGGCGCAGUUUAUGGUUCAGAACAAGCUGACCGGGGAGGAGGUGAAGAAUUUCAAAGAUUUUUUAAGGGGUUUGACACAGUUUUCUUUAGGUCAACCUCACGGUGGCUUCCCUGAACCCUUCAGAUCUGAUGUUCUCAAGGACCUUCCCCGAGUUUCAGGACGACCUGGAGAAAAUAUGACUCCAUUUGAUUUCGAGGCUGCAGAAACAACAUUGUCUACCGAGCUUGGUGAAACUAUACAACCACGAGAUGUGAUGUCCUAUGCUCUCUAUCCUCAUGUUGCAAAGGAGUUUUUCAAGUUCAGAUCUACCUACGGUCCUGUAGAUAAACUAGAGACAAGGCACUUCCUGGUUGGGCCUGAUAUGGGAGAGGAAUUUGAAGUUACAAUUGAGAAAGGGAAAACUCUUUCCAUCAAGACCCUGACACCUGGCAUUGAGGUGAAUAAAGCUGGUAUGAGGGAGGUGAACUUUGAGCUUAACGGACAGAAGAGAACUGUUAUGGUCAGGGAUGAGUUGGCUUCUAGCACUCAGACUAGAAGACUAAGAGCAGAUCUUUCAAACAAAACUCACGUUGCAGCUCCUAUGAUGGGUGACGUUGUAAUCCUAAAAGUGCAACCAGGAGAUAUAGUGAAGCCAGGACAGGUGGUUGCAGUACUCUCUGCCAUGAAGAUGGAGAUGGCUGUUCAGACUCAGGUUGCGGGCAAGGUCCGAGCUAUCCAUGUGGCAGUAGGCGACAAGAUCGACGCAGAGGAUCUUCUGGUAGAGAUCGAAGAUCUUGUAGAGUAAUCUUAAUCUACGCUAUCCCGUGUUGGAUGUGUAAUAUGCCAUGUUGUAUAAUGUAUAUGUACUAUUCCAUGUUGUAAUGUACUAUCCCAUGUUGGAUGUGUACUAUUCCAUGUAUAUGUACUAUUAUUCCAUGUUGGAUGUGUACUAGCUCAUAUGUGUACUCUCCCAUGCUGUAUGUGUACUUUCCCAUGUUGAAUGUGUACUAUUUCAUGUUGGAUAUGUACUUUCUUAUGUUGUAUAUGUACUAAUACAGAUUUGAUGAGUUUUAAAAACUUCAAAAUGAGCUUAAAUCUCAAUUUUAAAUAAUAUAUAAUAUUAACUCAUAUCUACAGUUAAAUAUCUAAGUAUAUAAUGAAAAUAGCUCAACCCUAUCCUUGUUAAGAAGAAUUUCAAGAAGCAUUUUAAAAACUUGCUGUUAAAAGGUUGUUGUAAUAAUGUAAAUUUUUUUACUAUGUAAUUUUAAUAAGUUGAUAUGAAUAUUGAACAGCUUUCAAAUAUUUUUUAUGAAAUAUUAUUUUUAACAAUAAAAUGUUUUAUUAUA